CUGUUCUGAAGCGAAUUCGAGACAAUCCCAGUAAUCUUUCAGUUCAUGAUGAUGGUAAUUUGGAGUUGUAAGACAUGAUGGAGUCUACCGGUAUGGUCUUGGUUCAGUCCUUGAAGGAACUUCAAAGGACUUCUAGGAUCGUGAAUGAGCUCAGAGCAGUGUUUGCUUCCGUUGAAGCCAUUCCUGUUCAAGUUCUUCUAACUGGGUAUUCUUUUCUCUGUUCCUGUUACUUUCCAUGUCGUAUUCCGACAUCAAUGCAACAUUAAAUUGAGAUCUCCACAGGUGCUGAGUAUUAUAAAAGGCCCCAGGAGAG